UCCCUCUUGUAUCAAGUUCAUAAAUCACCCCAAGUCCUUAAAUCCGACCCCCUCUCCUCCAUCGAAUAAUAUACUGUCUCCGUUCCUCAUCCCAAGUACCGUUUGUCUCGCAACACUAGGUCAACUGUCCUGAACUCCAUUUCAUCGAUCGUUCCUCCCCUCCUUUCUUCUCCAAGCCAUCUCGGCUUUCACAUCAUAGCCAUGAACUAUUUACACCAUCCAUAUCCUUUUGCCAGCCAUGCCGCUGUCCCAAUGGAUCAGCCUGUGGCGUACGACCCAGCAAUGGCCCAUCCAUCGAUGAUGCACCCAAUGGACGGCUACCUCUACCCUCAUCCUCCGUUUGAUAUGGUCGACUUUUACCACCAACCAAUCAUGGACUAUGAAGAAUAUGCCGAAAACUUGUCCCGCCCCAGAUUGACCAAGGAGCAAGUCGAGACGUUGGAAGCCCAGUUUCAGGCGCACCCUAAACCCAGCAGCAAUGUCAAGCGGCAAUUGGCAGCCCAAACAAACCUGAGCCUGCCCCGUGUUGCUAACUGGUUCCAAAAUCGACGAGCCAAGGCAAAACAGCAGAAACGACAAGAAGAGUUUGAGCGGAUGCAAAAAGCAAAGGCCGAGGCCGAGGAGGCUGCAAAGGGGAAGUCCAAAUCGUCGGAUUCCUCUGCGACGGAAGCCAACGAACCCCAAAAUGAUACAACCAAAGAUACCCCCAAACCAUCAGAAUCCUCGUCGGAUGACCGCCCACAAGCUUCCGCUCCUUCCCGAUCAAAGCACCAAAAGACCCGAAGCGAAUCGGCCCGCGAAGCCACCUUCGCUUCGCUCCAGAGGGCUUUGAAUGCCGCGGUUGCUGCCCGAUAUGCCCAGGAUGAAAAGACUGGCCUGCCCGUCACCCGUGCAGACGGAUCCGUCUCCCCAACCACACUACCCGUUAGCAUCAAGGACAGUGCAGAUGUCUCAAGUGAAAUGAACACCUAUUCCGAGUGGGACCCUAUGGACCAGUCUCCACUAACUUCUGCGGGAGAAUCCCUCGCUGUACCGAGUCUGGACAACGCACAAUUUCAAGCCACUGCAGAGGACUGGUCUCAUCACACCAAGUCGCUCUCCGGCUAUCGUUCAACCAGUGAUGCCGAGGCUCCGUACAAUGCCAUGCAAUAUGCACUGCAGGCCGAUGUGGCUGUGACAAGGCGAGGCUCAUCGGAUGAACUUGCCGACUCUCUGGAGGGUAUUGGAAUCAACACCUCUCACGCCAUGUCGCAGCUCGGAAAUUGCACGGACAGGGCUUCCUGGAAGGAGGCUAGCAAGGAACUUGAUAUUGCCGCACGCCGAAAGCGACCAAGGCCGGCCGCUAUUGGUACUGCUCGAUCGUCUUCAAUGCUCUCUGGGGCGGCGAUGUCGCCCACAACAAGACUUCCAAGCUAUGGCACUGUGAAGCAGUCCAAAUCUGCCCAGAGUCUCAACUCGCGGUAUGCGGGGGUCCGAAAAGCAUCCGCUGCGCAGCGUUCGCCGCUGAACCUGUCAACCUUUGCUGAAGCUGGCGCCCUGACAGCGUCCAAGGCGGAAAUGUCCACCAUGCUACAGCCAGUUACGACUGGUUCGCUGGCCCCGCCUACCCCUCUAACCCCCGAGGACCUGCACCAUCUCCUACCUAACACACCUAGCGAUGGGUACAGUCUGUCAGCACAGCCUACCGCCACGCUUUUCCCUCCUACUCAGCCUAUGCAGAUCAAUAUUGCGUCCCCUCCUGCAACCCCAUUGGCAAUGCCAAUGAUUUCUCCUUAUCAAUAUCAGAACGUCGCUCCCCCCAUGUCCGCCCCUGCUCACUACACGUCUUUUCCUGACUAUGCGUGCGAUGGCGGUUCGCUGACCGGGCGAAGCUGGACUGAGGCCACAUCCAUGCCUUCUCCAGAGGCUUCGUUCCAGGGCCACUGCCAAGUGCCGCAGCAUGACAUGACGUCCAUGUCGUAUGAGCCGGCGAUGGAGCACAGUGUCCAUUCUGCGGAUAGCGUGACGGGAUCUCCGUCGUUCAUGUACGCCGGCAGCGAGGCGGAUAUGCACACACCAUCGGGGUCCUAUGCCGGGGACUCCAAACGCACAGAGUUCGAGAUCAUGGAAUUCCCUGAUCAAAAGGAGGCCCAUCGCUUCGUUGCGCGGCAGCUUCCUUCCCACAAGCCGAAAGCCUACACGUUCGCCAAUAACCGGACCCCGACCAACUUCUAAGUGGGACCGGAAGGAUACCUAGUCGGGCUUUACGUCCGAUGUGCUAGAUAUUCAUAUUCGUUGGUGUCAUUUUAUGGUGUUGAGGGUCUGCAUUGUGAACUGGGUAGCGGUCUGGACAUAGGAGGCUUGGUUGAUUGGCCGCGUAUAUUACUACCUACACUAAUACAUAAACUAUAUAAUCGGCCGACGUGGUAUUGAGUCAUGGCUAUACAUAAUUUCGGGAAAUCCCAUACCUUGUCUACACU